CUCAGGCAGUAGUGGAGUGUGUUAGUGUGUCGGAGCUGCUGCUGCUGUAGGAAUCAUGUUUAAAUUAGGAACAAAAGCGCUUUUAUUAUUUUUAUUCAUGUUUCCUGCCGCUCUGCUCUCAGUCGAACCUGAAGCUGAUCUAACAGAUGAUGAAGUGGUAGAUGCAGCGGUGGAGGACGAAGACGAGGAGGAGGAAGAUGAAGCUGUCAUGGAUGAAACACAAACAGGAGACAGCGAUGUGGAAGAUGGAGAUGACGUGGAUGAAGAGUCCCAAAGUGCAGAUGUUGCAUCUCAUCCAGAUGCAGACACCACCAUCAUGUUCGUCACAGGAGAAGAAUUCCCAGCGAAUGAGAUCGUAAAGUUUUUGGUUGGAUUCACUAAUAAAGGCGGCGAAGAUUUUACGGUUCGAUCUCUGGAGGCGUCGUUCCGUUACCCGCAGGAUUAUCAGUUCUACAUCCAGAACUUCACAGCUCUGCAGUUGGACACGGUGGUGCAGCCGGAGAAACAGGCAUCGUUCGAAUAUUCCUUCGUUCCUGCUCAGCCGAUGGCCGGCCGACCGUUCGGACUCGUCAUUCUGCUCAACUACCACGACAGCCAGGGAAACGUUUACCAGAGCGCCGUAUAUAACCAGACGGUGACGAUCGUGGAGGAGGACGAGGGUCUGGACGGAGAAACGAUCUUCAUGUACGUGUUCCUGGGUGGUCUGGUGGCUCUGUUGUUCUUCAGCGUGUACCAGGUGUUGGAGUCCAGAACGAGGAGGAGAGCAGCGGUGAAGGUGGAGACCGGUACUGGUGGGAUGAACAACGUGGACAUCAGCUGGAUCCCACAGGAAACCCUCAAUGCCAUGAAAAAAGUGUCUCCGAGAGCUUCUCCCAAAGCCUCACCGAGGAAGCGCGUCACCAGAUCAGCCGGCGCUGCAGAAACCAAAUAACACGCCGCCAUCGGUUCAUCAGUUUUACCUUCAACAGGUCUCAUUUUCUCAAGGUCUGAAUUCACUUCUGUUACCAGAACAACGGGGACUGAACCGCACCGCGCCGUCCGAUCCUUCACCACGCCGUUUGUGUUGUAUUGAAUAUUCCAAAGUGUCCAAAACUUUCAGGAACCGGAAAAUAAUUCAUGUUUUUUUAUCCUCAUCACGACGUUGCUCCUCAGACAGGAGGAAAUACUUCACUGUGAUUUUAGAGGUUUGGACUUUGUGGUUACGUCUAAAUAUCGUGCAGCAGCUGUGAGACUGUGUGUGUGUGUGUGUGUGUGUCAGUGUUAUCUGUAAGGAAACGUUCCUGGUGUGUUCUCCAUGUUGAUGCUCAGUGUUAGAAGGUCCCGUCUGUAAUAAAAUCAUCCAAAGA